GCUAAUAAUGAAGUCGGGAACUAGCCACUGUGGAAACAUGUUCAAACAGUCUGGGUUGCUAUCUUUUGAAGACAGGUGCUAUUAUCAUCUCUCAUUACUUGUUUUCAAAAGCAUGAAUUGUUUGACUCCUUCGUACUUCACAGAAUUGUUAACAUUUGCCAAAAAUGAGCACUAUAACUUGCGUUCUUCAGAAAACAAGGAUCUUUUUGUUGUAAAACCUAGAACAAACUAUAUCAAAAAUACAUUUGCCUAUAAAGCAAUGAAAAUUUGGAAUAAUCUUCCUACAUACAUAAAAUGUCAAGAUAAGCUACCAGCCUUUAAACAUGCAUUAAAAGGCUACUUAUUGGCAAAAUAAUUUUAUCACAUGAACAAAAAAUCUUGACACUUUAUUUAAAUCACAUUAUAAUAAAUAGUUCAUUGUUUACAUGAAUUGUGUUAAUGUACGUAUAUGACAUUCUUGCAACAACUUGUAAUGGAUACUACCAAAUAUGUAAAUAUAUUGAUUGAAUGUGGUUUUACUGAGUAUAUCUACAUUGUUUACAGUAUGAAAUUAUUGUAAUUUAUAAUCAUCAUAUUAAACUGAGUUGUGUUUGUCGAAGAAAUGUAUGAUAGUGAUAGUGUGAUUGUAUGUUUUGUAUGUUGCUUAAUAUGUAUAGUACAUGUGUUUUUGUAAUACUUUUUGUGUGAAGGCCAUGCUGGAAAUAAGUAGUAUGUCUGUAAUGAUUGUACACUUAGUAUGUAACCUUCGUUAAAUAAAGUUGUUAUUAUUAUUAUUAUUAUUAUUAUUAUUAUUAUUAUUAUUAUUAUUUUGGUUGACCAAGAAAAAGUAAUGUACGGAAUGCGAAACAUGGUCAGAAAGUCAUACAGUGUACUAGACGGUCGUAUGGCAAUUGAACCAAACGGCUUCUUAGAGGGGGUAUUUUCUUUUCACUGGAGUCAGCUGUCAGAUAUCUCGCCAAUGAUCGCAGUUCUUUUGUCUCUGGCCAACGGAGCUCAGUCUAGGGUAUAAAAUCUCACUGACUGCCAAACAUAUUCACUCUCAAUCGAGACUUCGCCAAAGCAGUUUGAACGUAAGCAAACACCGUCAACGAACGGAGCGUUUAUUCUCAUUCAUAUUCAAGGAUUCCCUCAGAUUCCAGCAUCACCAUGGUAUUAAAGGAGGAGAAACCGGUUCUCGUGACGCUGAUUGGUGACGCCAUGAUCGGAAAGAGCACGCUCGUGCAAGCGUUCAUGAGCCAGCAUCUUCCACAGACGUCAUACGUCGCCACCGUCAUAGACACGUAUGAAGGAUGUCUGGAUGUGGACGGACAGAAACACAACCUGAGUAUCCUGGACAACGCUGGGCAGCACGACUACGGGAACAUGCGCUCGUGCUCCUACAAGGACUCCGAGGUGCUCGUGCUCUGUUACUCCGUCGCCGACCGCAACUCGCUCGAGAGCAUCCAGGAUUUCUGGGUACCAGAAGUCAACAACUGCACGCGCAGGCGCAAGCCUAUUAUAUUGGUCGCCACUCAGACGGAUCUGAGAAAAGACAUUGACACUGAUAAAGUGACCACGGCGGAGGGCGAGCGGAUCGCUAAGCAGAUCGGUGCGGACUGUUUCCUGGAGUGUUCGGCCUUCCAGCAAGAAACUGUAAACCAUGUGUUUGAAGUGUUAACUACAUCGGGACUUAAAUACAGAAAAAAGCGUAAUAACUUUAUGAAGAAAAUGUUCGGAAAAUGAGAUCUCGACGUAUACCGCUCAUCCAGAGCGCGAUAAAGCGGAAAAAAUGCCUUUGAAAGUCGUGCCUUGCCAGCGUAUGGUCAUGAGCACAGACGACUCCCUGUAACCUCGGCGACCUCCAUGAGACGGAAGGGGCGGCCGGUUGCUGAAAGGGCAGAGGCGUUAAAGGAGGAGGAGGAGGAGAGAUACGACACGUGGCUACUGACACGCCACCGCAACUGUACACAGCCACACUUUCAACGACCACUGUCGUGGUUUUCUAUAAGGAAUUGGCCUUGAUAAUGUACUCAUCUACCAACGCUUGGUUUUCAACCAUUAGACUUUGUAACAUUGUUUUAAACUAUGUUAUCUCUCUGCGUUAUAAGUGUUAUUUUAUUAUAAAAUACAUGUACAUGUAAUCUUAUUUUGUUCAUUUAAAUGGUCUUAGUUGACACUGUAUAAAUUUAAGUAAUAAAAAAAUGCCAAUUAAACCAUAUUUCUUG